AUGCCAUCGUCCAGAGAGCUGCACCAUGAGGACGAGAGUCUGGGACUUUGCACAGCAGAGAGCCUCGAGGAGGGCUUUACCAUGACCCCAGGCGUCGAGAAGAGACGGUGGAGUUGGAAGCUGCUGGGUGCCCUGGUGGCCGCACCGGCCGUGUUGCUCUUAGGGCGGCACCUCGGCGCAUCGUCCAAAGCAGAGGUGAAGGCCGAUCCGUUGAUGGCGACCGCUGAUUGGGCGCUCAGUCGAGACCUCACCACGGACGACAACCAGAAGGAAGACCUGAUCCGGGAGGCGUUCAGCGACCCGUCGUUCAUGUGGGGCUGCGCCACCUCAGCGUACCAGGUCGAAGGUGCUUGGAACGAGGAUGGCCGAACGCCCUCCAUUUGGGACAAGUUCACCCACGCUGGGAGGGCCUUUAAGGGCAGCAACGGAGACCAAGCUUGCGACUACUACCACCGAUGGCAGGAAGACCUCGAUCGGGUGGCGCAGUAUGGCUUCAACACCUACAGGUUCUCGAUUAGUUGGACGAGGGUCUUUCCCAUGGAUGACCAGAAGAACAUGUAUCCCAACGAGAAGGGCAUACAGUUCUACAAGAACAUCCUCCACUACCUUUCGAAGAAAGGGAUCCGGCCAUUGGUGACCAUGUUUCACUGGGACCUGCCGGAGAAGUUGGAUUGGCUCGAUGAGGAGGUGGUCGACUAUUUUGUGGAGUAUGCAGACUUUCUGCUGACCACCUUCCAAGAGGUGGAUUGGUGGUCCACCUUCAAUGAGCCUUGGACCUUUUGCACCAUGGGCUAUGCCCUAGGCCUGCAUGCUCCAGGGAAGCAGUCCAAGUACCUGCAAUACCAGUGUGGACACAACGUCCUACGUGCCCACGCCCGGGUGGUGGACCUCUUCCGCCGGAGACACUUCCGCAUGGGCAUGAAGAUCGGUUUGGUCUUGAACUACGACUUCCCCUUCCCGAAGGAUCCCGAGAACCCGCACGACGUGGACGCCGUGCAAGCGGACGCCGUCAAAGGCGUAGGCUGGUUCGCCGACCCGGUCUACAAGGGCGACUACCCUGAGUUGUUGAAAGAGAGUCUGGGCGAGCAUUUGCCGAAGUUCACUGAAGAGGAGAAGAACUUGCUGCUGCAAGCUUCCAACCCCAUCUACAACUACUACGGCCUCAACACCUACAGCGGUCGCUAUGUGGAAGCGGUGAAGAACCACUCCACCUGGACGAAGCAGAGCUUCUGGAAGGAUGGCGAGCCGAUUGGAUUCCCCUUCAUCCACGCCUGGCUCUACAAGGUCCCCCAGGAGAUCCUCCUUCACCUGCGAUGGGUCAACGAACGCUAUGGUCCCCCCUCCAUCCUCAUCACCGAGAACGGCUGCUCCGACCCGGGAAACACCGAGUAUGAGUACACGGUGAACGACUGGCAUCGAGUCGGGUUCUUCCGAGACUACCUGGCGAAAGUCGCCGAGGCCAGAAUGGAAGGCAUCCCAGUCAUAGGUUACACGGCCUGGGCGUUGAUCGACAACUUCGAAUGGGCAGAUGGAUAUCAACGGCGCUUUGGGAUCACCUACAACGACUUUGGCAAUCAGAAGCGCACGCCGAAGAAAUCGGCUGAAUGGUUUCAAGGACUUCUGAAACGAAUCCAAGUCUGA